CCGGCGCUGAGGCUUCCGGCCGGCUUGGCUGGUGACGCCCGGGGUGGCCGGGCCCCGCCGCAGCGGGUGGGGGGACUCGCCCGCCGGGUGGGCUCCUGGGCGGAGUCCAGCGGGGCGCGGGGGGCGGGGCGGGUGCCCGCGGGGGCGCCGGGCCGGGAAGUCCGGGGAGUUGCGCGGCGGCUGCGGGUGGUGGUGGGGCGGGGGGCGCGCUCGGGGCUGCGGGGGCGCUGCCCGGGCCCCGGAGCGGGUGGGCUUGCGGGACAGGGGGCCCGAGUGCCCGGGCCGGGCGCGGCCUGUGGCCCCGGCGAGGUGACAGACAGCGCCAGCGCCGGGCGGGCGAGGGGCUCGGUGGGCGCCGCGCAGACCCCCCCCUACACACACACACCCCGACUCGGCGUGCUCGGAGCGAGGGGGCGCGGGGGUGCGGGCGGGGAUCAUGUCCGGCACGCACAGCCCCGAGGCGGUGAAGAAGCUGCUGGAGAACAUGCAGGGCGACCUGCGGGCGCUGUCCCUGGAGUGCAAGAAGAAAUUCCCACCUGUCAAGGAGGCUGCUGAAUCAGGAAUAAUAAAAGUUAAAACAAUAGCUGCACGAAACGCUGAAAUUUUGGCAGCGUUGAAAGAAAACAGCUCCGAGGUUGUUCAGCCUUUUUUAAUGGGUUGUGGAACCAAGGAACCGAAGAUCACCCAGCUGUGUUUGGCCGCCAUCCAGAGACUCAUGUCACACGAAGUUGUGUCAGAGACUGCAGCAGGAAAUAUAAUUAACAUGCUUUGGCAACUGAUGGAAAAUAGUCUUGAAGAACUUAAGCUGCUUCAGACAGUUCUUGUUCUCUUAACAACCAACACAGUCGUUCACGAUGAGGCACUGUCUAAGGCAAUUGUUCUUUGCUUUCGACUACACUUCACGAAAGAUAAUAUCACAAAUAAUACAGCUGCUGCAACGGUGCGACAGGUUGUUACUGUUGUUUUUGAGAGGAUGGUUGCUGAAGAUGAGCGGCACAAAGAUAUUAUAGAACAGCCAGUACUGAUCCAAGGAAAUAGUAACAGAAGAUCUGUCAGUACUCUAAAGCCUUGUGCUAAAGAUGCAUAUAUGCUUUUCCAGGACCUUUGCCAAUUGGUUAAUGCUGAUGCCCCUUACUGGCUCGUAGGUAUGACAGAGAUGACUCGGACAUUCGGCCUCGAAUUACUUGAGUCAGUCUUGAAUGACUUUCCACAAGUUUUUUUACAACACCAAGAAUUUAGUUUCCUCCUCAAAGAAAGGGUAUGUCCUCUUGUGAUAAAGCUGUUUUCUCCAAAUAUAAAGUUCAGACAAGGUUCCAGCACUUCGUCUUCUCCUGCACCAGUGGAAAAACCAUAUUUUCCUAUCUGCAUGCGUUUACUGAGAGUCGUAUCUGUUCUGAUUAAGCAAUUUUACAGUCUGCUGGUAACUGAAUGUGAAAUUUUUCUUUCCCUUUUGGUGAAAUUUCUGGAUGCCGAUAAACCGCAGUGGCUGCGAGCUGUUGCGGUAGAAUCGAUACACAGACUCUGUGUGCAGCCUCAGCUCCUAAGGUCUUUCUGUCAGUCCUAUGACAUGAAGCAGCACUCCACUAAGGUUUUCCGUGAUAUUGUGAAUGCGUUGGGAUCUUUCAUCCAGUCACUGUUUCUUGUCCCUCCGACUGGAAAUCCUGUUGCAGCAAACCAGGCUGGGAACAAUAACUCAGGUGGUCCUGUCUCAGCACCAGUGAACUCAGGAAUGUUGGGGAUUGGUGGAGGUGUUACACUGUUACCAGCCUUUGAAUAUAGAGGAACUUGGAUACCUAUUCUCGCUGUAACUGUGCAAGGCAGUGCCAAAGCCACCUACCUGGAGAUGUUGGAUAAAGUUGAGCCCCCGUCUAUACCAGAAGGUUAUGCCAUGUCGGUGGCAUUUCAUUGUUUGCUCGACCUUGUGCGUGGAAUCACUACUAUGAUUGAAGGAGAGUUAGGAGAAGUUGAAACAGAAUGUCCGAACACAACUGAGGAAGUGUCUUCACCAACCCAGUCAUCAGAACAGCAAGAAUCACAAUCAACAUCAGACCAAAUGGAUAAGGAACUAGUCAGCAGAGCGGUCUGGGAGGAAAUGGUGAACGCCUGCUGGUGCGGCCUGCUUGCUGCCCUCUCACUGCUUCUUGAUGCCAGCACAGAUGAAGCUGCCACGGAGAAUAUUUUGAAGGCGGAGCUCACGAUGGCUGCUCUCUGUGGGAGACUGGGCCUGGUGACCUCGAGAGACGCCUUCAUCACCGCCAUCUGCAAAGGGUCGCUGCCGCCCCACUACGCUCUGACUGUGCUCAACACCACCACUGCAGCCACGCUUUCUAAUAAAUCAUAUUCCAUUCAGGGCCAGAGUGUUAUGAUGAUAAGUCCAUCAAGUGAAUCUCACCAACAAGUUGUGGCAGUGGGUCAACCUUUAGCAGUGCAGCCUCAAGGGACAGUAAUGCUGACUUCCAAAAAUAUCCAGUGUAUGAGGACUUUACUAAACUUGGCACACUGCCACGGAGCUGUUCUUGGAACGUCAUGGCAACUUGUUUUGGCAACCCUUCAGCAUCUUGUAUGGAUUUUGGGAUUAAAGCCUAGCAGUGGUGGUGCCUUGAAGCCUGGAAGAGCAGUAGAAGGACCCAGCACAGUUCUAACAACAGCAGUGAUGACCGAUUUACCAGUGAUUUCUAAUAUACUUUCAAGAUUAUUUGAAAGCUCACAGUAUCUUGAUGAUGUAUCAUUGCAUCAUUUAAUAAAUGCACUUUGCUCCUUAUCCCUAGAAGCAAUGGAUAUGGCUUAUGGAAAUAAUAAGGAACCAUCACUUUUUGCUGUUGCCAAAUUGUUAGAAACUGGACUAGUUAAUAUGCAUCGUAUAGAGAUUCUGUGGAGACCUCUAACUGGCCAUCUACUUGAGGUCUGCCAGCACCCGAAUUCCCGAAUGAGAGAAUGGGGCGCAGAAGCUUUAACGUCACUGAUUAAAGCAGGAUUAACGUUUAGUCAUGAUCCUCCGCUUUCACAAAACCAGAGGCUGCAGCUGCUCUUGCUGAACCCCCUGAAGGAGAUGUCCAGUGUCAACCAUCCAGAUAUUCGACUCAAACAGUUGGAAUGUGUGCUUCAGAUUUUGCAAAGUCAGGGAGAUAGUCUUGGGCCCGGGUGGCCAUUAGUGCUUGGAGUCAUGGGAGCAAUCAGAAAUGAUCAAGGAGAAUCCUUGAUACGAACUGCAUUUCAGUGUCUUCAGUUGGUUGUGACAGAUUUUCUACCCACCAUGCCUUGCACUUGCCUACAGAUAGUUGUUGAUGUAGCAGGUAGCUUUGGGCUUCAUAACCAAGAACUUAAUAUUAGUUUAACUUCUAUUGGUUUAUUGUGGAAUAUUUCAGAUUAUUUUUUCCAAAGAGGGGAAACUAUUGAAAAGGAAUUGAAUAAAGAAGAGGCAGCACAGCAGAAGCAGGCAGAAGAGAAAGGAGUGGUUUUGAAUCGACCGUUCCAUCCUGCACCACCAUUUGAUUGCUUGUGGUUAUGUCUGUAUGCGAAGUUGGGGGAGCUGUGCGUGGACCCUCGCCCUGCCGUCAGGAAGAGUGCGGGGCAGACUCUGUUUUCCACCAUUGGUGCCCAUGGGACCUUAUUACAACACUCAACAUGGCACACUGUUAUUUGGAAGGUUCUCUUUCAUCUGUUGGAUCGAGUUCGAGAAUCUUCUACUACUGCGGAUAAAGAGAAGAUUGAGUCUGGAGGAGGCAACAUUCUCAUCCACCACUCAAGGGACACAGCGGAGAAGCAGUGGGCCGAGACGUGGGUUUUAACCUUGGCUGGCGUAGCGAGAAUCUUCAAUACGAGACGAUACUUACUGCAGCCUCUAGGUGAUUUUUCAAGAGCAUGGGACGUUCUUCUUGACCAUAUACAAUCAGCAGCCCUCAGCAAAAACAAUGAAGUGUCUCUGGCCGCACUGAAAAGCUUCCAGGAAAUUUUGCAAAUUGUGUCUCCUGCCAGAGACUCAGAUAAGCCUGAAACACCACCUGCAGUAAAUGUGCCUGGGCCUGUCCUUGUCGGACCCAUAUCGGGACCUGGCCUGGGCAGACCAUUUGUAAGAACAGAUUCCAUUGGAGAAAGACUUGGAAGAUACAAUAGCUCCGAACCACCCAUAGUAACUGACGAGAUCGAAGAUCUAAACCUCUGGUGGGCAGCGUGGAACACCUGGUAUAGAAUCGGAUCUGAAAGCACUAAGCCUCCUGCUACGUUUGAUAAGCUAACCUUUAUCCCCAGCCAGCCUUUUCUUACAGCUCUAAUUCAGAUAUUUCCAGCUCUUUACCAACAUAUUAAAACUGGUUUCAACAUGGACGACUUGCAAAAGUUGGGAGUCAUAUUACACAGUGCCGUUUCGGUCCCGAUAAGCUCAGACGCAUCCCCUUUCAUCCUCCCAUCUUACACGGAAGCAGUUCUGACAAGUUUACAGGAAGCUGUGCUUACAGCUUUAGAUGUUCUUCAGAAGGCUAUCUGUGUAGGACCAGAAAACAUGCAGAUAAUGUAUCCAGCUAUAUUUGAUCAAUUAUUGGCAUUUGUAGAAUUUUCCUGUAAGCCUCCACAGUAUGGACAGCUGGAAACAAAGCACAUUGCAAAUGCAAAAUAUAAUCAGAUCCAACUAUUUGCACCGGCGGAAUGGGUAGCCUUGAAUUAUGUGCCAUUUGCUGAGAGGUCUUUAGAAGUAGUUGUGGAUUUAUACCAAAAAACAGCCUGUCAUAAAGCAGUGGUGAAUGAGAAAGUACUCCAGAAUAUUAUUAAGACUCUUAGGGUUCCCCUCAGUUUGAAGUAUUCUUGCCCUUCUGAAAGCACAUGGAAGUUAGCAGUAUCUUCUCUCCUCAAAGUCCUUUCCAUCGGGCUUCCUGUUGCCCGGCAACAUGCUUCUUCUGGAAAAUUCGACAGUAUGUGGCCAGAACUAGCCAACACUUUGGAAGACUUCCUCUUUACUAAAAGCAUACCUCCAGAUAAUCUGUCUAUUCAAGAAUUUCAAAGAAAUGAAAGUAUUGAUGUUGAGGUAGUUCAGCUUAUUAGCACUGAGAUACUACCUUAUGCCAAUUUUAUUCCUAAGGAAUUUGUUGGUCAGAUUAUGACUAUGCUUAAUAAGGGCUCAAUACACUCUCAGUCAUCUUCAUUUACAGAAGCAGAGAUUGAUAUUCGCUUGAGAGAGGAAUUUUCUAAAAUGUGUUUUGAAACAUUGCUCCAGUUUUCCUUCAGUAAUAAAGUCACAACGCCCCAGGAGGGUUACAUCUCGCGGAUGGCACUCUCAGUGCUCCUCAAGCGGUCUCAGGACGUGCUGCACCGCUACAUAGAGGACGAGAGACUGAGCGGUAAAUGCCCUCUUCCAAGGCAACAAGUAACAGAAAUCAUAUUUGUUUUAAAAGCAGUUAGUACCCUCAUUGAUUCACUUAAGAAAACUCAGCCUGAGAAUGUUGAUGGAAAUACUUGGGCACAAGUAAUUGCCUUAUACCCGACGUUAGUAGAAUGCAUCACCUGCUCAUCUUCAGAAGUCUGCUCUGCACUGAAGGAGGCACUCGUUCCCUUUAAGGAUUUCAUGCAGCCACCAGCAUCCAAAGUUCAAAAUGGAGAAUCUUGACCAUCUACAGUAAAUGUAAAGAAGAAAACUAUCUAAAGAAUGUUUGCUCCAAAGUGAGUCUUGUGAGGACAUUUCUUUUGACAAAUGAUUCUUGGCAGCUCUUGUUGGCCUCCUUUAAAUUGUCCUUAUCUAAGUUCAGUAAUUCAUGUUAUAAGAUCACACAUCAGCGAAGCCUCCUGAAUGAGUCACGGUGCAAGUGUUGAAUAAAUGAACCUGAUGGAGGAAAGAGUUACUAUCCCAACAUACCUGCUGUCGUGUCUUCAAUUGGUGAUUUAAAAGUGAGCUUAUGUACAGUUUGUGGUGUCCGUGUUAAAGAUGUACUUUUUAAAAAGAAAGAAAAGAGAUUUCAUUCAGUCAGAUUUGUUAGGCUGGUGUUUUUGCACCCUUUUUCAAGUACAAAAUUGUACUAAAAUUUUAUGCAAGAUGGUACUGUAACAUUCCAUAUUAUCAAUAACCAGCCUUUGUAAACAAAGGGAACGGAUAUUCUUGUGUGUAUAAUAAAUGGUACAGUUCUGUAAAAAUAGUCGCACUUAUUAUUUAAGAUUUUUAAAUAUUGAUGAUGUUAAAUGCUUGAAGCUGUAUUUAUUAUUAAUACAAAAUUGUUUGCUUACAUUUUUACUUAUAAUUUGUCUUCUUAAUUGGCAGAUAGGCUCACCAUAUGAUCAUGCCGUUUAGCUGAAUGCUUAAUUUAAAUGUAUUUACUAGUGACUACUAAACAUCUUAGAAGAAAGGUCAUGUGAACACAGCAGCAAUAGCUUAUAAUUUGCUGGUUUUGCAACUUUGAAGUGUAGGCUAUUAACUUAAACAUUGAGAUAUAUUGUAGCUCUGUGACUCCAUUAUACCUCAUUUCUUUAAAUAUCUUUCCCAGCUUUCACAUAAGUAUGUCUGUUUUUAUAUUUGCUGUCUGGAUUUUAAAGACUUUUCAUAUUUUAUAUUUCUAUCAAUUCCUCCCCCACCCCACCCCACUCUGACUAGCCAUAUUUAUCACUAGGAAUUGCAACCCAGGCAAGAUGAUUUCAGACUUCCUAAAAACUUUGCCUGUGAGGUUUUGUUCAUUUUAGUCCUUCAUUUGUAAUGUUUUCUCCAGAAGAAAAAUAACUAUACUAACCCACAAAUAGAAAAUGUGUCUGUAUUCUAAAACAAUGAAGAGUGUAUUUUUGGAGGUAGUGAAGCAUUCAGAAGUACAGUAAACUUUGUCAUGGAGUAAAAUGCUAAUUUUGUUUCAUUUCCUACCCUAGUGAAGAUGAAGUGUGCUCUUGAGUACUUUUGCUUAAUUGUUUCAUAAAAAACUGACAAGGCUCACUAUAUUCUUUUUUUAUUUAAUGGAUUCUGAUACGCUUUUUUUCUUUUGAGUUGAAUUUUUAUAGUCAUUUAUGUGAAGAUCUAAGGAUGUUUAAAAUAAUUACUAUUCAUAAGAAAUCAUCGUUUCAGUAUUAUUUUAGUGUGCUGGGAUGCCUUUUAACAUCAUUUAUAAGUUUCAGUCUUUCCAGAACAAUUGUGAAAUUAUGAGAAGAUAUUAGAACUGAGUAGUGAAUGAGCUAUACUGUUGAGGCCACUAGAAUUGUGUAAUUAUUUAUUUGCACUACUCUCUGUAAACAUGUAAGUCUUUUUUGAGAUGAUAUUAUUUUUAUUCACAUAAAUUAAUGAAUUUCUACUUUAUAAUUUUGUCCAAAAUUAAGAUAAAAUAUGGUAUUACCUAAAUUCUAUCUUAAACAUUUUCCUUAAAGUUGUGAAAAAAAUCCUCCAGACUGUGUAUUAAGUUUAUUUUGAAUAUGUCAGAUUGUGGUUUAGAAAAAAACAUUGCAUAGCACUGAAUAACAUUGAAGUAGAAUAACAGGGGUAGUGUACCAUUUUGGUAACAUGUUAAAAAUACUGCUAUGAAUUUACACAAAGUGAAACUAUAAUCUAUUUUUGAAAAAUAACAUGAAUUGCAAUCAAAUAAUUGUCCUUCACUGAAAUGAGUGGUCAUUAAAUGAGUCAAGGGUAUGUGACA